UACCCCCUAACAAGCAUUCACAGCAACACGACAAUGGCAUCUCUCCUCUACACCACCCAAAUCUCGUCCUCUCCCUGCUUUUUCCACCGCCAGCGAUGGAGGUGCCCGGUAUAUCCGGCUUCCAUCAGCAUUCAUAGACACCCUCGCCACUGCCUUCCAUAUAUUACAUCAUGCAACGGGAGUAUCAGAGAUGAAAACAACGGUGAAAUAGCACAGGGAAAGAUCGACAGGAGAAACAUGCUCAUCGGCAUUGGUGGCCUAUACACCACCACCACCCUCAGCCCCACACCAACAGCAAUCGGAGCUCCAGUAGCCCCACCCGACUUAACCAAAUGUGAGGCCGCAGAUCUUCCCGCCGGUGCAAAACCAACGAAUUGCUGCCCGCCCUUAGAUCAGAAGAUCAUAGACUUCAAGCUUCCAUCUCCUUCAACACCCAUGCGCACGCGACGCGCCGCUCAUUUGCUUGAUGGCGAGUAUGUAGACAAGUACAAGAAGGCCAUUGCACUCAUGAAAGCUCUUCCCUCCGACGACCCCCGAAAUUUUACACAGCAAGCUAAUGUGCACUGCGCCUACUGCAAUGGUGCCUACGAUCAGAUCGGCUUUCCCGACUUGGAACUUCAGGUUCACAACUGCUGGCUUUUCUUCCCCUUCCACCGCUACUACCUCUAUUUCUUCGAGAGGAUUCUUGGAAAGCUGAUAGGCGACAGUACAUUCACUCUUCCAUUCUGGAACUGGGACACUCCCGACGGGAUGAGAAUGCCUGCCAUAUACGCCGACCCGGACUCGCCACUCUACAACGUGCUCCGAGACGCCAAACACCUGCCACCGACGAUGGUAGAUCUCGAUUACAACGGAACCGAUCCCACCGACACCAAUAACCAACAGAUUGCCAGUAAUCUGGCGAUCAUGUACCGAAGUGUAGUCUCUGGAGCCAAGACAGCUCAGCUCUUCAUGGGUUCUCCAUUCCGAGCCGGGGGUAAUCCUGACCCUGGCGCCGGGUCCAUGGAGAACGUUCCCCACGCGCCACUCCACGUCUGGUGCGGGGACCGCAACCAGCCUAAUACUGAGGAUAUGGGGAAUUUCUACUCAGCGGCUCGCGAUCCAAUCUUCUACGCGCAUCACUCGAACAUCGACCGGUUGUGGACUGUAUGGAAAGGGUUGGGAGGAAAGCGACGGGAUUUCACUGACUCGGACUGGUUAGACUCGGCCUUCCUUUUCUACGACGAGAAUGCUCAGCUCGUGAGGGUGAAGGUUCGAGACUGUCUUGAUUCGAGAAACCUCAGAUACACAUACCAACCAGUCGAUAACCCUUGGGUGAAGUCCCGACCUACUUCGGCGAAAGCUACGUCAGCGGCUCUGGCGACAGCUGGGAAGAAGAGCGAGUUUCCUCGAGCUCUUGACUCGGUUAUCAAAAUCCGAAUUGAUAGGUCGAAGAAGUCUCGUAGCAAGAAGGAAAAGGAGGAUGAAGAAGAGGUGCUGGUUAUCGACCAGAUCGAGCUGGAACGAGACACGUUUGUGAAGUUCGACGUGUUCAUCAACGUCGAGGAUGAAAACUCAACGGGUCCUGGGUCGAUCGAGUUCGUUGGAAGUUUUGUGAAUGUGCCCCACAAGCGUGGGAAGAAUCUAGCGAAGUUGAAGACCUGCUUUAGGGUUGGGAUUACGGACGUUCUGGAUGAUUUGGAUGCUGAUGCGGAUGAUGAUGUCGAGGUUACUAUUGUGCCACGUCAGGGGAAGGAUGUGGUCAGCAUUGGAGGGAUAAAGAUAGAAUUUCUCUCUUAGACAUAGUUCAACAUACCUUCACGGGACAAGUGGAGGUUGAUCUAGUAAUCUGGAACGUCCAAUUAGUAGGCCUGUAAAAAAUAAUUGGAUUGAAUUAUCUACGUUUUAAAAUAUUGCUAACGGGAUGAAGGGUUCGGAUU